CGAAAGGCAGCAGGAAGACAAUUUGCUAUCACUCAAUCAGGGUACAUGGCCUUGGUGCCCGACUUUGCCAAGGUUAGUGACACCAUCUGCGUCUUUCUGGGUGCAAAAGUUCCCUACGUCAUCCGCGAGUCGAGCGAAGGGAAAAGUUGGCAACUUGUUGGAGAGACACACGUGCAUGGUGUUAUGGAUGGA